AUGGCUGCUGUCAUCAUUCAGCAGCAGCACCCGUUGGGCCGCCCCACCACUCCUCCUAUCUCUCCAGCUUUAAAAGUCCACCGAUCAAGCCCCGUCCCGAACAAGCACCUGCCGGUGUGCCCCACAGGCCCGUCUCCAGCGGAUACUGCCCGACCGGAAUCGCCAGUGCUGCGAUCGGACCAUGACCAGGUUUCCUCGCUGCUCUACCCCCCGUUCGGCUAUCAAACAGUCUCGAGUCCGCCGGGCUACAGAGUUUAUGGCCUUGAUGCACGGGAAUUGGCCGAAGCGCUAGAGCAUCAGGCAUCGCAGCCUUUGCCUGAACCUAUCCACAUGUACCCAUGGCUCCAUGGACUGAACCCCGAUAACCACAUCCAGCUGGGUUUCUUCUCCAGUCGCAAACGCUCGCAGCGCAAGCCUCCACAUGUCUGGCGCGGCAUUACAAUCGUCAAGGUAGGGGGUGACCUCUCGAAAGCUCGCAUUAAGGGUGCUGUAGCUCCGCAUGAGGUGAUCUCCGCGACUUCACGCUUCUUGAUGGCCGACCCGCCAGAGGGCUUCUCCGUCCGAAACUUUCAGAUUCAAACGGCCAAGUUGGCUCCAUUGUCAGACAUCGUCGUGUACGGAGAGGAUGGCGUUGAUAGAGCUGAAGUGCUAGCCGUUGCAGAGGAGUUUACCAAUGCACAAGCAGCAUGGCGAUUUAAGUAUGAUCCGAUGCAGGACCGAAAAUCAUACAAUACUUUCGUGCUCACAAGCAGUUUUUCAGAGUUUGAGAAAAAAUGCGCGCCCUGGGUCGCCGUCGAUUCCCGAGGCCGACUCACCGGCCAAUCCAUGGACUUCAUCCAGUGGGAAAGACAAGAGAUGUGCGAGAUGUCCUCGGCCUCGGAAAUCUCGGAGAAUGUCUGGCUCGGACCGACUCCUGAAUACAUUUUGAGACCUGGCGAAUGUUCCGCACCCAGUCCCAGUCAGUUCGAUCUCCUGAUCGAAGCAAGCGAUCUUGCAAGCAUCCCCGGUCCUCGUUUCCUAGCGACUAUCGACCAGAAGCUGGAGUCAAGCACACAAUUCAUUGAGUUCCCGUCGUCUGGGUCAAUUGUGCUUCCGUCUGGCAACACCCGUGAAGUCGAAGAUCUAGUAAACACUCUCCGAUGGAUCUAUUAUCUGGCUCAUCCCGAGCCUACCGAGGUAGCAGAUAGUGAUGGUGAUAUUGCGAUGCGACACAACAAAAAGCCUUGCCGAGUUCUGAUCCACUGUGCUGAUGGAUAUACCGAGACAUCGUUGCUUGCAGUCGCGUACUUCAUGUUUGCUGAAGGUGUUCCGGUCUACGACGCGUGGCUUAAGCUGCACUGUGAGAAAAAACGAAACUUCUUCGCGUAUCCGACCGAUGUCGCAUUUCUCAGUCAUAUUCAGACGCGUCUUUUGCAAGAGAGCCCUGUGAACAAGUCUGGGCACCCCACAGAUCUGACAGAUCCAAACUGGUUCCUGAAGAUGGACGGCUCUUUGCCUAGUCGAAUUUUGCCGUACAUGUAUCUCGGCAAUCUCAGCCACGCUAAUAACCCUGAGUUGUUGUGGGAACUGGGAAUCCGACGCGUGUUGAGCAUCGGCGAGGCUGUUUCAUGGACUCAAGAAGAACGCGACGCGUGGGGUGAAAACAACUUGCUUUACAUUAACAAUGUGCAAGAUAAUGGCAUUGACCCAUUGUGUCAGGAGUAUGGAAAGUGCUUACAGUUUAUUGAGCACGGAAAGAACGAUGGUACUGCAACCUUAGUUCACUGCCGUGUCGGUGUUUCCCGUUCUGCCAGCAUUUGCAUUGCAGAGGUCAUGGUGGCGAAGGGUCUAAGCUUCCCAAAUGCCUACUGCUUUGUUCGUGCUAGACGCCUUAAUGUUAUCAUUCAACCUCACUUGCGCUUUGUCUAUGAGCUUCUCCAAUGGGAGGAAUACCAAAACCAGCAACGCAAGCUUCCCAGACUGCGAGCUGUAGAGUGGGCUACUGUCUGCCGUGAAAUUGCACUUCUGAACAAGCCAUAUUCGCGACACUAG